AAAUGGCGAAAUAUGUUGAAAACGUGUCUCCGUAAUACAAGCCGUUCUGAUUUUGAGAUAGUUGAAUGAAGACAAGUUAUGCACCUUGUAUAAUUAUAUUUUACACGGCACAAGACGCAAUAGUUAAACUUUUGACUUUGAAAGAGUAAAGACCCAGUUGUAAAAGGACAAUGGCAAUGGAGAAACAAUUUGGACCAAUCGUCACCUCCGUGUUACUGGCACUGACCUUCGGAUGUUGGCUUACUGCCCUGGUCGCACCUGGAUGGUUUUUGAUAGAAAUCAAGACAUCAUCAUCUUCACCUUCCCUCACUAGUGCUCUUCUUGGAGAAUCGCCUAAAAUGAAGAUUACAACGGAAGUUGACAUGGGUCUAUUCUUCAUCAACGUUUGCGUCAAUGAAAAAUGCGAACAGAUCGACUACGAGAAGAUGAAAACAAUGAAAAAUUUCCACACAAUGCCGGAGUUGUUAGAACUUCAAGCGGAAGGUGUUCUCGCCAUGGCUCUGUGUACAAUAAGUGCUCUGUUGGUGAUGAUUCCAGCUCGGUCCAAGUCAACCAGAUAUCUUAUUGCUUUGAUUCUCAUGUCUAUUGCAGUAAUUUUUGAAUCCAUUUUGAUCUAUCGAAUGGCAUCAGCGAAUGCGGAGAUGGAUAAAAUCAAGAAAAUAGAACGCACUCUUCUCACUGGCAUUUCAAUGGAGGUGAAGCUUCCAUAUUCCAUACUGAUAGCUGGGAUUGGAGCUCUGUUCGGAAUUCUGGGAUGUGUAUCAAGCGCAGUCAUGUACAGGAAGUCACGUGAUUGUGCGCAGCCGGGCCAAGUUUUGAAUGUGUUCCACGCAGCUCCAGCCACUGGCUUCACAAUUCUGCAAGAAACAUAUUAACUCUCUCGUAACUUGGCGAUGAUGAAGAACUUAAGACUUGUUUGCUCUAAUAGAAUAUUGUACUCCUAACAUAACAUAACAUAAAAAGUGUCUUGUAUGAUAACCAAUGUUUUUUUUUUCUAGACGGUGAUCUAUCUAUAAAUAGAACUAGAUCUA